AUGGCCCCAAAGCUGCCUCCGUUGCGCUUCGUGCGCUCAGUCUUCAACUCCUUCACCAAGGACUCUGGACUGGAGCCGAGGCUUCUUGGCAACAACUUUCGGGUGACUGGCGCAUCGGUGGGCAAAGUUGAUUUCGAGUUGGCAAUCCAAAAGGAGCACACGAACCGCCUUUCCACGAUUCAUGGCGGAACUCUUGCUAGUCUUGUUGACCUCGGUGGCUCUCUCGCUGUCGCUUCCAAGGGACGAUUUAUGACUGGUGUCUCGACUGACAUCAACGUAGUCACGUAUCUCAACCCUGGAGGCAAGCCUGGCGACAUCAUGACGGGCACCGCCACCUGUGAUAAGAUGGGCAGAACGCUUGCAUAUACAACAGUCACAUUCUUCAACAACAAGGGCGAGUUGGCUGCGAGAGGAAGUCAUACCAAGUAUAUUGCCAAGACCUGGGGAUCAGAAGACUUUGUCGCACCUGACGAGUAUGUUGCUGAAGAGGAGAAAUGA